UACUUCAAUGUUAAUCAAAUAUAAACUAAGAAUACAUCUAUUGAUAAUGAAGUUCAGAUGUCAAAGUCACAAUGGAUCGCUCCAGCGAUGAUUGUUACUUAAUCAAAGACAGUCAAGUGUUAAGGACGUGUUAUAUAUUGUGUUGUUAUGGGGGGUUUGUUAAAUCGCAUGUGGUGGGGAGGAGACCCGGAUGGUGUGAACCCAGUAUCUGGAUUAUCUCGUAGAGAUGUGUUCGCUGUGCAGAAGUCCUGGGCGAUUGUUUAUGCCAAUCCACUCGCAAAUGGCAGCGAGCUAUUGAAAAGAUAUUUCCGAGCACAUCCUGAAAGCAAAGAAUUCUUCAGAAUGCUUCACAAAUUAAACGAAAAUGAAUUUGAUGAUAAUCACCAGUUCAAGGCGCAUGUUAUGAGUCUGAUGAGCUCCUUGAAUCUAGCCAUAACCAACUUGGACCAGCCGGAGAUAGUGGUGGCCAUGAUGAAUAAGCUCGGCGAAUCACACGGCAGGAGAAAAAUUGACGAGCAAAACUUCCAUGAUCUCAAAGGAAUCAUCGUUAAAAUGUUCAUCGACGUCUUAAAACUCGACGACAAGAACCUCGCCUCCUGGGGUAAAGCGGUAGACUUCCUCUACAAACACAUCUUCGUAACUUUAAAACCAGAAUCCUGAGAGAUGUUAAGGCUGUUUGUAUUUAGUCAAUAUUUAAUGUACCAAAAAAAAAAUACUCUUAACAAUAUUUCUUUGUAACAAUAAUGUAUAUAUUCUAUUUAUAUAUACAUAUGAAUUUGUUAAUAUACAUUUAUAUGUAUUUGUAUAUUUUUCAAAUUUUAUACAAAAAAUUUUACACGCUUAUAAGAUGACGAGAUGUUAAGUAGAAUUAGAAUAAUGAGUUAUGAAAUUACAUUGAAUUAUAUUACACGUGUUCAUAUAAAAUCAUUGUAAUUAUCAUAACAAUUUCAGAAUUUAUUAUAUGUUUGGUUUGAGUGACAAUACAAUAGCUAUUAUUUUGCUUCCCAAUUAUUUAAAGAUAUUAACUACAAGGGCGUAUUCUACUGACUAUCUUUGCUAUGAAUGGUUUUGAUAUGAGUCGCUUAGGCAGUAAACAAAUUACUGUGUAUGAUUUUUCAUAUAGAAAAAUAUAUUUGUAUGUUCCAAAGAUAGUUUAACGUACACAUAACUACAUUUGAAUAAAUAUUUUAUUAUACUGUUGAAAACAAACAUAUCACUAUUAUAUAAGAACUCCAUACAAGAAAGUUAUUUUUAUAUUAAAAUGAAAUUUUUAAAAACGUUUUUUAUAUCAAAAUAAAAAAAAUUUUACCUUUGUUGGUAUUUUUUAAUAAACUGUUGAAUCAUUAUA